AUGACCUGUCUUAUAAGUAACGGGAAGUUGGUUGGUCGUCCUGAUGGUGUUGUGUUUGAGUGGUGUGUGGAGCUUUCCCUUUUGUUUGUGUCUAUGAAUCGUAUGUCCAUAUGGGUGUUUCGAAUCAACGGUGAACGGAUAUAUUCCAUCAAUAACAGAGCUCCCAUAGUGUCCCUAACGUUCCUACAUAAUGGUACCAUGUUUGCAGUUAAUGGGACUGAUAAUGUCAUUAAGGUAUAUGAUUCAAAUACAGGUAAGUCCAUUGGGAUUAUCGGAGGGGUUGAUGUUGAUUUUCGUGGUAUCUCAUGCAUGAAUUGGGUUUCCGUUGGUGGUGAGAUCAGCGUGCCACUUACCCCGUUUCAUAUUGAUGUGAUGAGUCAGAUGCCAAAGUUACAUGAAGAAUCUGACGUGUCAGAUUUGAAUACUUUGGUAGUCUUGGAUUCCCAAAGAGUUUAUUUCAACUUCAAUAACGUGUUUACUAUAGCGUAUGGCAUCCCAAAUGAUGAUGUUGGAUUGAUCAAACACAUUGGAUCUGUAUCCAUCACCAAUAAUCUAUUCCUUACCUCUAAAGGACAAGUGGUAGAUAUAAAUCUUCAAGACAACGACGAUAAUAUGGUGUAUACUUUGAAAAAGGUGAUUGGAUGGUCUUGUCUGUUGGUAAGCUUGCAUCGAAUGGUACAUGAACAACUUGAACUUAUGUAUCAUGAAAUCAAAGCAUUUCUUGUAUUAUUUGAUCGAUAUUUGAGUAAUAUGGAGAACCCUGUUCAAUUGUAUCAUAUUUUGCUUACUAACCGAGUUCCAUUGGAAUCUCAUGAUUAUUGGUUCAACGUUUUAGGUGAAGGAGGGUUGAAAAGACUUAGAAAGCAAGGAGAAACAGCUUAUGAAACAAUUAGAAAUAAACUGUUUUAUUUGACCACCAUACUUGAUCGUAUGGUGAUAAUCAUGUCACGGAUGAAAGGCUUAUAUCUUUGUCAUAGAGAUGAAAUCGAUUAUGGUCUUGAAAAUAUUAUUGAUCUUACAGAAUACACUCAGAACAUGAUCAAAUACCUUUAUCAAUUGUUACAUCAAUGUAAUAAGGAACAAGAAAUGUUUAUUUCUUUCUUGAAUUGGGUUAAAACAGUUAUUAUCGACGAGAAUGAAGGUAAGAGCUUCGAUUAUUUGAGUUUAGUAGAGUAUUUUAAUGAUGGCUUGUACAAUCCAACAAUUUCCAAAUAUUUUAAAGUUGAUGACCUUGAAGCAAUGAAAAAAAAUGAAUUAGCAAUCGACAUACUUUCAUAUUCUGAAGCAUUUCUUGUGGAUUUGAAAGCCAAAUUGCUUGCAAAUAUAAGUAAAGCAUUCACUGAUAAACUACAGAUUACUUCACCAAUUUCUCUAGAUAUUGGUGAAGUUCUAGAUCCUGAUUUUGUAUUGACAUCGACUUGGCACAAUGAGUUUGGUUAUGUGAUCGUUAUGAAUGGUAGUUACUUAACUAUGGUGCAAUUCCCUUUGUUUGGGUCCAUUGAGAUCAAACAGAAAUCAUUACCCAUAAAUUUUAAUCUAAUUGAAUAUAAGUUGGAUUCAAAAUUCACCUAUAUGCUCUAUGAAAUUGAUGGUAUAUACAAGAUGGAUGUGGUAGAUAUUAAUAAGGCUAUAAGUUGUUCUGAGGAGGACAAAUUUCCACGAACCAGUAUUGGCCAAGUUCAAAUGAUCUCCAAACCUGAAAUGAUAGCUGUGAAAUCAGGUCUUUGCGGGAUUCUUGAUGGAGACAGACAGACUUAUGUGUUUGUAAGGGAUCAACAAUUCAGGGUCUGA